AUGACCAGGUUUGGGCUCCUGGUGGUGGUGGUGGUGGUGGCCAUCGUGGCCCUGGCCCAGGUGGCCCACCCCGCCUUCAAGGUUGCAGCUCAGGACAGCGGCCUCCAGUUUCCACUGGAUGCCGUGAGGAAGCUGGCUGACCUCUUGGAGGGCCCCGGUGCCGACCUGCAGAGCCGGAAGGCCACCUUGUCCAUCUGCACUCAUCCUUCCCUGCCACCAGAAUUCCUGCCCGUCUGCAAGAGCAAGGAAGCCCCAAGCAUCUUCAGACGCCUGAGAACCAUCGCCAACGAUGACCUCUGUGAGCUCUGUACCAACGCAGCUUGUACUGGAUGCUACUGAGCAGAGCCCAAAACCUCGAGACCCCGAGAGCCCCCCAAGACCCCACCCUCUGGGCUGACUCAGGCCCAAAGCCUCGAGAGCAUGAGAGCCAGAGGACACACC